GAUUGCUUCAAACCUCUACCUGACAAUGGGAAACUGGCUGGUUGACCAUUGGCUCUCAGUUUUGAUUCUGGUUGCUUGGUUGGGGCUGAACAUUUUCCUAUUUGUGUAUGCCUUCCUGAUUUAUGAGAAGGCUGACAAGUACUUUUACACAAGAGAAAUUCUUGGGACAGCAUUGGCCUUUGCCCGGGCAUCUGCUCUCUGCUUGAAUUGUAACAGCAUGCUGAUCCUGAUUCCGGUGUGUCGAAAUCUGCUGUCCUUCCUGAGGGGCACCUGCUCAUUUUGCAACCACACACUGAGAAAGCCAUUGGAUCAUAACCUCACCUUCCAUAAGCUGGUGGCAUAUAUGAUCUGCGUAUUCACAGCUAUCCAUAUCAUUGCACACCUAUUUAACUUUGAACACUACAGCAGAAGCCAACAGGCUAUGGAUGGAUCUCUUGCGUCUGUUCUCUCCAGCCUAUCCCGUCAUGAGAAAGAGAGCAAUUCUUGGCUAAAUCCAAUCCAGUCACCAAAUAUGACAGUGAUAUAUGCUACAUUUACUAGCAUUGCUGGACUGACUGGAGUGAUCCUCACAAUAGCCUUGAUUCUCAUGGUAACUUCAGCUGUGGAAUUUAUCCGAAGGAAUUAUUUUGAGCUCUUCUGGUAUACACACCACCUUUUCAUCAUCUAUAUCAUCUGCUUAGCGCUCCAUGGCAUGGGUGGAAUUGUCCGGGCUCAAACAGAGGAUAGUAUGGGUGAGAGUCAUCCCUACAAUUGUUCAAAAUCUUUUCAUGAGUGGGAUAAGUAUGUUUCAAGCUGCAGGCGUCCUCAUUUUGAGGGGCAUCCCCCUGAGUCUUGGAAGUGGAUCCUUGCACCCAUUGCUCUAUAUAUCUUUGAAAGGAUCCUUCGCUUUUAUCGCUCUCAGCAGAGGGUUGUGAUUACCAAGGUUGUCAUGCACCCAUCUAACGUUUUGGAAUUGCAGAUGAGAAAGCGUGGCUUUAGUAUGGAAGUGGGACAAUACAUCUUUGUAAAUUGCCCCUCAGUUUCUCUUCUGGAGUGGCAUCCCUUUACUCUGACCUCUGCGCCAGAGGAAGAUUUUUUCUCCAUUCAUAUCCGAUCAGCAGGGGAUUGGACAGAAAAUCUUAUAAGGGCAUUUGAACACCAGCACUCACCAAUGCCCAGGAUUCAGGUGGACGGUCCUUUCGGCACCGUCAGUGAGGAUGUUUUCCAGUUUGAAGUGGCUGUACUGGUUGGGGCAGGAAUUGGGGUAACUCCCUUUGCUUCCAUCUUGAAAUCCAUCUGGUACAAAUUUCAGCGUGCAGACCACAAGCUCAAAACACAAAAGAUCUAUUUCUACUGGAUCUGCAGAGAGACAGGUGCUUUUGCCUGGUUCAACAACCUACUGAGUUCCCUGGAACAGGAGAUGGAGGAAUUAGGAAAAAUAGGUUUCCUAAAUUACCGUCUCUUCCUCACUGGCUGGGAUAGCAACAUUGCUGGUCAUGCAGCAUUAAACUUUGACAAGGCCACUGACAUCCUGACAGGUCUGAAACAGAAAACCUCCUUUGGGAGACCAAUGUGGGACAAUGAGUUUUCUACAAUAGCUACUGCCUACCCCAAGUCUGUGGUGGGAGUUUUCUUAUGUGGCCCUCAGACUUUGGCAAAGAGCCUGAGCAAAUGCUGUCACCGAUACUCGAGUCUGGAUCCUAGGAAGGUUCAAUUCUACUUCAACAAAGAAAUUUUUUGAAUUAUAGAAGCACAGUAGUCUGCAUGUUCUCUCUUCUAUCUUCA